AUGGCCCAGGAAACCGAUACUCCCGCCUGGAAGGCCAGUCUUUUAGAAGGCAUUACGGCAUUCCCCCAUGUCUACACCAUUGUUACCUGCGCCGACACUACCCACGAUCUGUCCCCGGUCUUUGAAGCCGACAAAGAUGCAUACUACGCCAGACAGGUACAGGAGUACUGCGAGCACAUCCAGUCAUCCCUCCACGCCAAAGCCAGCAUUUUCCAUGAGGAAGUUCAGACCCUCCGUGACGAGAAUCGCGACCUGAAGAAGGAGGUUGCCACACUCAACAAGGUGAUCGAUCGAGUCGGCGCUCCUAAGCAUACCGAUGGCCAGCUUCUCCGUCGCCAGACCCGAGACCACCCCACGUUUAAUGCCACCGAGAAAGAUAUCGAGAAGCGACAAGAAGAGUAUGUCGGCUGGCGCUCCAAGGCUAUGCGCAACUUAGCCGUGGAUAAGACAAUCUACAACACUGAGUUCCGCCGUUUGCAAUACAUUGGCAGUAUGCUUGAUGGCGGCGCCUACACGCUUGUCCGCCAGAGCCUAGAUGCGAUUACAAUGAACCCCGACGAUACAGAACUAUGGGAAUGGAAGACUGCCGACGACCUCAUUGAGUUCCUUAACGGCCAAUACGAAACCAUCGACCUCGAUCGCACUGCCAGCCGCAACUUCGACAACUAUUUCAUGACGAACAAGCCCUUUGAGAAUUUUAUCGCCGAGUUCAAUAAGCUUGCAACCCUCGCUGGCAAGACUGAUAAGCAGAAGGUUGAAGCCCUCCAACUCAAAGUAUCCAAUGAGGUCAUCGACGAAGUCAUGCACCGCAGCGGCAAACCUGGGAAUGACGACUGGCCUGGAUGGAAAAAGCUGUGCCAGGACGUCUACAACGACCUUGAGCAGAGCAAACACAUCAGGAAGAUGCGUAGCCGACGUGAGCCCGGCCACCGCACCGCCCCUGAGAACCCCCGCCCAAACAUCCCGGCAGCUCCAGCCGCGCCCACUGCUGACGCUGGCGAGCCCAUGCAACUUAGUACGUCCUCGACCUCCGAAGCUCGCCGACGCGAGCGCCAGGAACGGGGCCUCUGUUACUACUGUGGCGGAACCCACAGGAUCCGCGACUGCCAGGAGAAAAUGAACAACGAUGCCAAGUACAGCGUUCGGAAUAACACGCCACGCAGUGACGCCGCUCGUGCUCGUGGCCACGGCCGUGGCAGCUACUACUCCCCUCGUCCCUCGUCCCAGGUCCCGAAUGCAACACACCAACCCCAGCCCCAGUACCGACAACUCCAAGGCUUCCCACCGGCCCAGCAAUACUACGCGCAGCCCCCCUACCUUAGUCCUACCUUCAACCGCCUUCACUCCAUGGACCAAGGCUUUAUCGAGUCUGACACCAGCAGCUUAACCGACGCCAGAUCAACCCCAGACACAGAUAGAUCCCAGGGAAACGUCUAA